UUAGAGUUUUUCAGAACUUGCAAAACACUGAAAUCUUCUUCUUGAUGGCCAUUUCUGGCAGUACAGAUUCUGAUUUCAUUCAGAUCAAUGGAGAAAGGGAUAGAGUUGGCAUACUUGCUGAAUCUUUAUUGGAAAAUAUUUCAGAGUUUACAAAAUCAGUGGUUUCAAUAGAUGUAGAAAAAGAGAAUUUCAUUGAGAUAGGAAGCUACUUAUACCGCGCUUCUGCACUCAUAAUGGAGUUGCAAAUAGGAACAAAUACAACAUCAAAUGUGAUAGACAAAUUACAGUCUAUGUUAGGAAGUGUGCAUCUUGCUAAUGAGCUUAUAAAAAAAGGCCAAAACUAUAGGCAGAAGAAUCAGUUAAUUGAACCAAGUAUUGUCAUAGAACAACUUCACGUUGUGAACAGACAUGUCGCGGAAGGAUUAAGUCUCAUACCAUCCUCUUUUUAUGGGGAACAAGAAUGUGCAGAAAUCGCAGCUAAGUCUCUCUCGAAAGAUAUGAAAAGUGCAGCAUUUGUAGCCAGAAAAAUUCUGGUUUCAGACCAAAAAGAGCUUGAAGUUCACAUGUUCACUUCAAGGGAAUUUUUGACAAAUGAAACAGCAGAAAGAGACACAGAAACAGAUCUUUACUCUAUCAAUAUUGAUGUUUCCAUGGAAAACAUUCGGUUAGCUGAUUCAACCAAUAUUUAUAUAAGUGACAAUUCCAGAAGCAGUAUCAGCAGAAGCUUACAUCUUCAGAAUCAUGGGAACUGUAGCGCUCGUUCUGAAUCUGAGUACAUGGAACCUCUAUAUGAAACAUUCUUUUGUCCAUUGACAAAGAAGAUUAUGGAGGAUCCAGUCACAAUAGAAAGUGGAGUAACAUAUGAGAAGGAAGCCAUUUCAGAAUGGAUCAACAAGUUUGAUAACCACGAAGAAAUAUCCUGUCCAAAGUCAGGCCAGAAGCUAAAGAGUAGAAAUCUGAGCACUAAUGUGGCAUUGAAAGCAACGAUAGAUGAAUGGAAAGAAAGAAAUGAAACAGCAAGGAUCAAAGCUGCAAGAGCAGCUUUGUCUUCAGCCAGUAGUACACAGGAUAUAAUACUCAAAGCAAUCGAAGAUUUGCAAAUCAUCUGCCUCAGAAAGCCAUACAAUAAGGUACAAGUUCUUAGCAUUGGUAUAAUACCACUGCUUGGAAAUUUACUGGACAACAGAAGCAGAAGCAUAAGAUGUGCAACACUGGAAUUGUUGCGACAUUUGGCUGAAGAUGAUGAUGAGGAAUUAAUUGCCCAAAUUAUCGAUAUUUCUACAGUCACAAGGAUGCUGUCGAGUAAUCACAGACCCAUUAGGCAUGCAUCACUUAGCCUUUUGCUUGAGGUUUCGAAAUCCCAGUUUCUGUGUGAUAAUAUUGGGGAAGUUCCCGGAGCCAUCCUCAUGCUGAUAACAGCCAAAUACAGACAUUCCGAUGAUGCAUUUGUCGCAGAUAAAGCUGAUGAAGUCUUGAAAAGCUUGGAGAAAUAUCCGUGCAACAUCAAACACAUGGCUGAAAAUGGAUAUCUAGAGCCACUUUUAUAUCAUCUUAUUGAAGGCAGUGAAGAGAUGAAAAUGGAGAUGGCACGAUACCUCGGGGAAAUAGUGCUUGGACUUGACAGCAUAACCUACGUUGCUGAGAAAGCUUCUCCUUCUUUGAUCAAAAUGGUAGAGAGUGGAAAUUCCUUGAGCAGGAAUGCAGCAUUUGGAGCUCUACAACAAAUUUCUUCUCACCAUUCAAAUGCUAACACACUUGUAGAAUCUGGCCUUGUCCAAAUCAUGGUUGAAGAGAUUUUCACUCAAGCAAUUCACGAUGAGCAAAUCAACUCGAAGAAAGAAGCAGCUGGUAUACUUGCAAAUGUGCUCGAGUCUGGAUUAGAGCUAGAGAAUCUUCAAGUUAAUGGGCGUGGCCACACAUUGGCUUCGGACUACAUGAUAUUCAACUUCAUUCAGAGGAUAAAAAACUCGACUCCUGAAGAAAUGAAUUUCCACCUUGUCAGAAUCCUAAUAUGCUUGAUGAAGUAUCCCAAAGCAUCAUCUACCAUUAUUUCUGUGAUCAAAGAGACAGAUGCGAGCUACAAUCUGAUUGAGCUCAUAAAUAACCCCAAUGAAGAACUCAGCAUUGUUGCGCUGAAGCUUCUUAUCGCUUUCUCUCCUUUCAUGGGGCAUACAAUUUCAGACAGAUUAUGCAAAACCAAAGGACAACCCGAGAGCCUAAUUCAUGCUCCACCUGGAAGUCCUCGAGUCACAGAAAAGCAAGCGGUCUCCGCCACUCUUUUAGCAAAGCUUCCCCAUCAAAACAUGACACUCAAUCUAGCAUUGGUCAAUAAAAAUACAAUUCCUGCAAUCAUUGAACAAAUCAACAAAAUCCAUGUAAGCGGAACAAGAACAAGCAGGUACACAAGUGCAUAUUUUGAUGGUCUAGUAGGAAUUCUUGUCAGAUUGACAACAAUACUGUACGAUCAUCAAAUUUUGCACGUAGUAAGAACGUUCAACUUCACGUACAUAUUCACAGAGUUACUCGUGAAAACAUCAAGCGAUGAGGUCAAGAAGUUAUCAGCAAUUGGUCUAGGGAACUUAUCAAAGCAAUCAGUCAAUUUAUCAAAACCACCACCAAUCAAGAACAACAAGUACAUAAAAUCUUUUCUGCUAAGAAGAUGUAUGUCUCUUCAUUCAAAGACUCAGAAAGUACCUUUAUGCCCAGUUCACCGCGGUGUUUGUUCUGCUGAAGACAGUUUCUGCUUAAUUGAUGCUAAAGCAAUUGAAAGGCUACUAUCUUGCUUGCACCAUGAAAAUGUGGAAGUAGUUGAAGCAGCAUUAUCAGCUAUAUCGACGUUACUAGACGAUAAAGUUGAUAUGGACAAGAGUGUUAACUUACUGAUUGAGAUGCAAACCAUUCAGCAUGUGCUGAAUGUGGUGAAGGAGCAUAGAGAAGAUGUUUUGUGGCACAAAUCAUUUUGGUUGAUUGAGAAGUUUCUUUCAAAAGGUGGGGACAAAUCUGCUUCAGAUAUAUCACAGGACAGGUUGUUUCCUGCUACUGUAGUCAGUGCAUUUCAACAUGGAGAUAUUUGUACUAGACAAAUGGCUGAGAAAAUCUUGAUGCAUUUGAACAAAAUGCCAUAUUUUGCCAAUACUGCCAGUUUUACCACAUAAAAUCUGUAGUACCAUUUUGUAAAAAAUUGUU